UGCAGGUGUGCCGCUUUUUUUGCCACAGACCUCUCGCACAGAGAGGCGGGCUCCGAGGGUGGCGAGGCUGUUUCCAGUACAGCGAUUGUGACGAAGACCGCCCUACGCUGCUCACAAGAAGCGCUUUCUACUCGUCAUUCAUUCCUCUGACCACGGGUCUGAAGUUCCAUUUUUCUCACCUCCAAGACCGCCUGCGUGUUUCUCAGUCUCUCUCGUGGAUGUAACGCUUCGCGCAUCUGUCGACUUCGCCUUUUUGGGGAUUUCGGCAGUCGUCGUUCUUCCUUCGUCUCUCUAACCGCAUUUUUUCCUCUGAGAUGCUCGAUGUCCAGAGAAGAAUGCAUCCCCUCCCUGCUGCCGCGUUGCGAACUCGAUGUAGAACGCCGCUGGCAGGUGGCAGAGGGAACUGUGGAGAUCGUUCGAGGGACGGAGGCGAGGAACUCGGAGAAGCGCGUCGAUCGUGUUUGAAGCAAUUCUGAAAGCCUGUCUUGCGAAACAAUGCUUGCGACCGACCCCCGGCGUCGAUCCCGACGUCGGAACAAGAGGGAUUUUCUCCAAAUCCCUUCCACCUGAAAGAUUUUCGUUAGGGGGGACUCGCUGGCGGUUUGAGUCUUUGCUGUUCUUUCUCUGGCCUGGACAAGUCUCUCUUCUCAGCACCUUGUUUCUUUCUCCAAAUCUGCAUGUCGCUGUCCGGGACUCUGUGCACUGGAUUUUUUUCCUCUCUUUUUCCCCGGGGUUUCCGGAUCUCAGGGUCCUCUGUAGCAGGCGCAUUUUCACUCUCUUUUCUCGCAGUCUAGACCGAAAGCGAAGCACUGCAGCCCCGCAGUGUGUUCCUUUCGAACUCCCCUUUGAAUUCGUUUUCUCGGUAAAAGUACCUUCGGUCUGUCGAAGCGAAGCCCCUCUGCAAAACGACCACCGUCUUCUUUUCUGUCGGACGAGGACCGCUCGGGAUGCAGCGGCGUAAUAGGGAAGAGGAAUUCUUUUCCAAAGAACUCGACACCUUGUCACAGCAUCUGCUUCCUCAGACAGCCCACGGCAUCCGACGCUUCAUCUCUUUUUGCCGCCAUCCCUCAGAGCGCGACAGAAGUCGCCUCCUCCUGGCUCAGGUCGAACUCCAAAACGGUUCCGUUGGACAUUUCUGCCCUGUGGUGGACCCAGUUGCCAUGGCGUCCGGGUGCCCAGUCCCUCCAAACGCACACGAGCCUAUGUGGUAGUUGUAUAUUAUAUUUGUUCGUGCUCUGUAUACAUAUAUGUCGUACGAUACAUAUAUGUAUAUAUAUAUAUACUUAUUUACAUAUAUGUAAGACGUCUCUAUAGGAUAUAUGUGUGUUGUAUAUAUGUACAAGCAUAUACGUGUAUAGAGCAUCCAUGCGUAUUCGAGAGCGACCGCCGCAGUGCAUCCGGUUUGACUCGUUCCCGGGGAGGGCGCGAGAUGCGGGGGCAGAAGAGCGGACGGCGACACUCGACUUCCUUCUCUGAGAGGACAAGCUCGGAAAACAGAAAAUUUUUUACAGACUUCUCAGCAUGUCCGCCGAGUUGUUUCCUCUCGGCGAGGCCGCCUUGCCGUCUAACCAGAUGCGGGAUUUGCGCCGGUUGGAGACGUCGAUCCGUCAUACACUUUUCAGCUUGGAACGAGAGCAGAGACACUUUCGAGUCGUCGUCUUCGUCGCCCUGUCCUCCGCUCUCUACUUUGCUUGGAGUCCGGCGUUGCGCACCGUCUCCUACCUGCGAGAUCUGGACCUCGUUGCGGCCGUCUGCGAGGUCUUCCCCGUCCUUCUCGGCGUUGCAUGCAUUCUCUUGCUCCUACGGCAGCGCGCGUGCUACGAGAAAAUCCACGAACGCCGCAUUUACCUCCAGCGGUUGAACAUGUCACUCCUGCAGCUGCACCUUUUCUUCGACUACUCGUCCCGUUCGCUGUGGAUCUGUCGGCACCCUGUUGACUCCACAACUCGCGUUCUCUCUCGCGCUACGGCUCAGUAGAGUGCCGUCUGCCGCGGCUGCUGGGAGUCGGAUUCAUACCUGAAGGCGCGACGUCGAGAAAGAGUUUAGGGUACAGAACGCGGGUGUUGUUUUGACUGUGAGGGAAGGCGGAGAGGGGAGAGCUUUGUUCCAGAACAGGUUUUCGUCUGCUCCUCUGUGACAGAGCUUCUCAACUGACAAGAAGUAUCACCUGCACAGGGAUCCGAUUGACAGUCUCGCCGUGUACAGAGGCCAGCGUCUCUGUCUCCCUCUUGGGUCGGGCGGCCGUUGCGGGGCGUAUGCGGCGUUCUUCUCGUCUGCGUCUGUGCGAGAAAGUGACCGAGCGCGUGCGAGUGUUCGAAGCGGAUUUUGGCUUGUGCGAGUGGAACUUUUUCGCUUUGUUCGAAGUGCUCCACACUGCAGAGUUCUCGCAGUCUGCGCGACGCUUCUCUCUUCUCGGCUUCUCGCCACACCUGGGCGCGUUCCAGGGAGUUCUUGGGCGCUGGGAGGACGAGUCCGCAGCCGACGCAUGGCGUUCUCUGCGCAACGAAGUUGAUGCUCGGUGACCCAGGUGAUUGUUUGACGGAACUUUCCGGACAGUGGAAAGAUCUGUGUUGCGGAAGAGUUUGGACCACCGCAUGUUGAGUCAGAGCUGCAAGCCGACCUUUCUGCUCGCUGUUGCGCGGUACGAGCGCAGGCGACAGGCUUCCGAAAAACACCCGGGAGAAGAGCUGCUGACGCGCAGUCCAGGUCACAGUUCUGGGGUGCAGAUGGCCGUUGCUCUCGCCGGGGAAUCCCGAGUGGUGAGAGUCGUCCCCAACAGAAUCGACGUGGAACAACUUCAACGUCGCAAGACUCGAAAAGGCACGACUCAGCGAAGGAGGUCGUAGAUCGACCACAAAGAUAAACUCCAAGGCGAUACACUCCGUGGAUGCGCUAUUAGACAGCAUCGCAGAGCAUGGGUGGGGUGUCGCAUUUAGUAUGCCAACGGAUGAUUCGCUGCUCGCACACGGCUCCUCUCGUCACCAUAGAAGAGUGUGACACUAACGGGAUACGCUGCCGAGAAGUCUGGACCGUAAACAGAUACACAGGUGGACCUCCACUGCAUCCAUUGGCAAAGACAUCUGUAGACCUACAGAUACAUGCACUGGUACCUAUAUAUAUAUAUAUAUAUAUAUAAUGUAGAUACAUGUAUACCUACAUACAUGAAUAUUCGAGCGGACGCAGCCUUCCCUGGAUGGCUUCCUUCGUUCACAUCGAGACGAAACGUCGCCAGAGGACGCUCUCCAGGUUUCCGGAACUCACAUCCGUCAAAUGAGAGCUUAUUUAGAGGGAAUUUCUCGUCGCCACUUGCAGGGGUUUUGUCAAAAGAAUCAAUCAGAUACCAACUGAAGCGGGACUCUCGAUAACCGGUGAUGAAACAGGAUUUCUAUUUUUAUAUGUACACCACCUUUUUCUAGGAUGUACGACGAGUUCGGCUUCUGGCUUAGAUGUCGGUCUUUGUUUACCUCAUGCAAGGUCUCCUGCGCUCUUCAUAACCAUUAUGUGAGUCAGUGCCAGUGGAAGCUGUGUGAAAACUAUUUUCCAACGACGGCAGCCAAGCCUUCACACCACCUUAGCGGAUCGAAGCUUGCCUGAGGGUUUGCGUUGCAACUUUUUUGUGUGUUUUUGAACCGCUAGCAACAGCGGCUAGAUCCGCCCAGGAGUCUUGUCUGUGAACCGGAAGCUCGCGGUGCAGAAAAUAUGAAAGACGCAGGUUUAACAGGAUACUCAUACACGGCCGAGAAGAGGCACUUCCCCGCGAAGCGGUCACCGUUUUAACUGCACGGUAAAAGAGGGAGAGUUCGAGCAGCAACACCGGAGGAGUCCUCUCUGUCAAAAGCGCGAAAGAAGAAAACUCAAAAGAGGGAGCAUUGUGGCUUGGAAGUGGACGGUGACUCUGUAAAACACUCUACCUGCUUUACAUCUUAACUUUUCUCCGAAAAGGAUUCUGGCGGCGCCUUGACGCAAAACAGCAGUAGCCUUUCCUUUUUUCCCAGGCUCCGGCUUCACGAGAGAAAAUAGAGGAGCAUAUCGACGCCACAGACUUUCAUUGGAGCGUCAGCGCGAGAGCAGUAGUGAAGACGAGAGGGAAAGCGAACAUGAAAUCAGCGAGAAAUCGCUUAGGGCAUUCCCGCCGUUCACAGCGCCAGCAGAGGGACCGCUUGUACCGCUGUUUCGAUUCUUUCGCACUUCUCUUUUUUGUUCUCGUGUCGAAGGAAGUCGACGUUGAACGAAGGUGAAAGAACUUACGGACGCCGCUCUCGCCUGGCACCUCGCUAUAUAGAGGGAAGAAGGAGAGGAACUCGGCAGGAACGCGGCGGCGAUCUUCGCGGAGCCGCGCGCCGUUGGCCAUCGAAAGCGCAUGCACGCUUUUUUUUGCAUGCAUGCGUGCCAAGGUCGGUGCCCCCACAAAGGCUUGACAACACCAGCUAGACGAAAACAACUGCACUCGCGAAAGAUUCUGCAGAGGAAAGGCAAUUUUCCAGAAAGACGGUGGAGAUAAAGCAAGAAGGGACGGGGUCGAGGCGGUAGGGAACUGGCAGCCGCGAUUGCGACGAGCGUCGCAUGCAUGCAUCUUUCUCUCAGACUUCAAGUCAGACGAAGAAGAGAUUUUUUCCGCCACACGACUCUCUAUCUUUUGCCGUGCCCCCCUUUUUACAUGAAAGGUCAAGAACAUCUUUUUUUUUUCGGAUAAGAUACGCUCGUUCCUCUUGCCUGCCUUGUACUUGCGACCCGCGUUUCCUCAGUUUUUCCCUGACCGACGCCGAGUCCAGAGCCUACUGCAGCUUUUCCGCCUGCCGUUCUUCUUUUUCUCUCUCUGCCAUUUCGGAUUUCUGC